CGCCUGCUCAGAGCGCACGCGGCGCCGGGGGUGGCGGGGCCCGGACGCGCGCUCCAGCAUGGCGGCGGCGGCGGCGGCCGCGCUGGGCGGCUCCUCCGGGUCCGCGUCCGCUGCCGUGGCCGAGCUCUGCCAGAAUACCCCGGAGACCUUCCUGGAGGCCUCCAAGCUGCUGCUCACCUACGCGGACAACAUCCUCAGAAACCCUAAUGAUGAAAAAUAUAGAUCUAUCCGGAUUGGAAACGCAACUUUUUCCACUAGACUCUUGCCUGUCAGAGGAGCCGUUGAAUGUUUAUUUGAAAUGGGCUUUGAAGAGGGAGAAACUCAUCUUAUAUUUCCUAAAAAAGCUUCAGUGGAGCAGCUGCAAAAAAUUCGUGACCUGAUUGCCAUAGAGAGAAGUAGAUUGGAUGGAUCAGAUAAGAGCCACAAAGUAGAAUUAUCUCAGCAACUUGCAGCCAGCACCCAGCUUCCUACAACCCAGUCUUCAGAUCCUGAUGGGUUAGCCCAGCAUCCAGGGAACAGUGAAGGGCAGUCACCAAAUCCACCGUCCACUCCAAUGGUUACUGGUGAUUCAGUCAUUCUAAAAGUUCUUCGGUCCAACAUUCAGCAUGUACUGGUAUAUGAAAACCUUGCUCUCCAGGAGAAAGCACUGGCUUGUAUUCCAGUCCAAGAACUAAAAAGGAAAUCACAAGAAAAAUUAUCUAGAGCUAGAAAAUUGGAUAAAGGUACUAAUUUAAACGAUGAGGAUUUUCUUUUGCUGGAGCUUUUACACUGGUUUAAGGAAGAAUUUUUUCACUGGGUGAAUGACAUUUUGUGCGGUAAAUGUGGUGGCCAGACUAAGUCUAGAGGCGAAUCAUUGUUCCCCAGUGAUGAGGAGCGGAAGUGGGGUGCAAACAGAGUAGAAGAUCAUUACUGUGACGGCUGCCAGUUCAGCAAUCGAUUCCCAAGGUAUAAUAAUCCUGAGAAACUUUUGGAAACAAGAUGUGGACGGUGCGGGGAGUGGGCCAAUUGUUUCACCCUGUGCUGCAGAGCCCUGGGGUUCGAAGCCCGCUACGUCUGGGAUUACACAGACCACGUCUGGACAGAAGUGUACUCCCCUUCUCAGCAGCGGUGGCUGCACUGUGACCCAUGUGAGGACGUCUGUGACAAGCCCCUCCUCUACGAGAUCGGCUGGGGCAAGAAGCUGUCCUACGUCAUCGCCUUUUCUAAAGAUGAGGUGGUUGAUGUCACUUGGCGAUAUUCUUGUAAACAUGAAGAGGUAAUCUCCAGAAGAACUAAAAUUAAAGAAGAGUUACUUCGAGAAGCUAUUAAUACACUUAAUAAGCAGAGGCAGAUAUCUUUGUCAGAAAACAGAAGAAAAGAACUUCUCCAGAGGAUCAUUGUGGAGCUCGUUGAAUUUAUAUCUCCCAAAAGCCCUAAGCCUGGAGAACUUGGAGGAAGGAUAUCUGGGUCCUUGGCAUGGAGAGUAGCCCGAGGUGAAGCGGAUCCAGAGAGUAAAGAAACCCUGUUCAUCCCUUCUGAAAAUGAGAAGAUUUCUAAACAGCUCCACCUUUGCUAUAAUAUUGUAAAAAAUCAGUAUGUCCGAGUUUCAAGUAAUAAUCGAACCAUUUCUGGAUGGGAGAAUGGCGUGUGGAGGAUGGAAUCCAUAUUCAGAAAAGUUGAAACAGACUGGCACAUGGUAUAUUUAACCCGAAAGGAAGGAUCGUCUUAUGGUUACAUUUCCUGGAAGUUUGAAUGUGGGUCCGUCGGCCUAAAAGUCGAUAGCAUUUCCAUUAGGACAAGUAGUCAGACCUUUGAGACUGGAAUAGUACAGUGGAAAUUGAGGUCUGAUACAGCACAAGUAGAACUGACAGGCGAUAAAACUCUUCGCUCCUAUCAUGAUUUUUCUGGUGCCACUGAAGUUAUUUUGGAAGCAGAAUUAAGCAAAGGAGAUGGUGUUGUUGCUUGGCAACACACCCAGCUGUUUAGACAAAGCCUAAAUAACCAUGAAGAAAAUUGUUUGGAGAUAAUUAUAAAAUUCAGUGACCCCUGAGAACUUGAACAUUAUAGAAAAGCUGGCAAUAAUCAAAGAUUUAGCAUGUUCUAAAGUAGUCUGUUGGUUCCAUGCAUGUUUUAGAUGGCAGUUUGCUACCCUCUGCUAGCAUAUUUCCUUGUUGGCUGUACAUUGUGUAACCCUCAUGAAAGUAUAUCUUUAUACUGUGGACCACAAUGAAACCUGGAAUUAAAAGCUCCCUGGCAUAUGUGACUCUAAUUUGAAGUGAAGUCUUCCUGCCCCACUAUGAGAUUUUAACCUAAAAAUUGUAAGUAUGGUUUUAAAAGUAAAAUGAAGGUAUUCAUGAUUAAAUGCUAUUCAUGAUUAUAGUGAAAUCUUAAGCUCCUAAUAGUAAUUUGACAGUUUCUGAUCCAGCCAUUAGUUUCUCCAUAAGUAAUUGAAAUAGAUUUCCUAAGAUUUUUAAUUUUUAAUAAGUGUAAAAGUGUGGUAUCUCAUAAGUUAUAAUGCAUGGAAAUUUUUAUGAUUGUAAAUACGUAAGCAUUUAAGAAAUAAAAUGAAUUAUUUUGCAUUAUAUCUUUUUAGUGAUUACUUUGGCUAAAUAAAAAUCAUAAGUAUGCUAAACAUUGAAAACCACUUGAAUAGACAAGAAUUAUGAAAACACUUAACAUUGCAUAAAUUCAAAGAUACAUUAUAAAUCUGUAAUACGUGGACACUUCAGAAAAUGCUUUACUUUUAAGUUAGCUUUUGAGUAUUUUUAUCUACCUUAUUGAAUAAAAUGUUUAUUCUUGACUUUGAAACUAUGUAACUUUUAUUCAGUAUCUAUAUAGUGUAUCAAGAGUUUUCAUGUGUGUUCCAUAUAACCUCUCCAAUUAAACUUAGUGAAUAUUUAUGAAGUGUUCAUGUGCAAGAGCGUUUUGAUGGCACUGCAAGGGAGGCGGUGACAAAGACAACGGCUGGCAGCCCCAUCCCCGAUGCCUUUGUGACGUUCUGUAGAGUGAAUUCUCAGCUCUCCUGGCAAGAAAAGUAUGUUCUCAGACAUUCUCAACCUGUGCAACUCAGCAGGUUUACCUGCAUUGUGAAAUAGGUACUGGAAUUCUGAAGCAAACUUCUUAUAUUUUCUUUUUAAUUGUAGUCAUACUCUGUCGAGGAUCGCUUUCUUGCUAAAACGUUACACUUAAAAGAAAAGUAGCUCAUGCAUCUAAAUUUAUUAAUAAGUCUUGAAUGUUAGAAAGUUUUCUGGAAUUCUUAAACUCUUAACCAUAGCAUCAUAGAGUGGCCCAAUGCUGAUCAAUUUACAAGGAAAAGAAGUGUCUUGGAUUAAGGGAGGGCUAGAGAACCCGUUUUCAUGGACUUUGGAGUAGGAAGGGUUGUUAGAAAUAAUUUAAUCCAGACUCAACUUUUCCCUGAGGAAACUCAAACCCAGAGAAGGUCCUGUCUAAACAACGUGAUAAAUUAGUAACACAGGCAAGAUUCACCUGUACACUCAAGUCUUUCCUUGUACCAAGUUUCAGGGUUAUAACACAGCGUUGAACUCCAUAGAAUUC